AGAACCAGUGAUGGGAGCAAGACCCCCGUCAUCUAUUCUCCGUUAUGUUCCGGCUAUGGGUCUCGUUUGGAAUGAGCCGCCGUUGGUUUUAUGGUUUACGCCUCGUUUCGGUCGUGCGUUGUCCCGUUAUCAUCAGGGAGUUGCAUUUGGAUGCUUCGAUCUGCAUGGUGGCACAACUUUUGCUUUAGUUUCUGCACAUAGGAGUGAGCUACCUUCCCUUCCCUUCCAUGGAACAAAAACGAGACAACCCUCUGAUUUACAGGAUGUCUUAGCAGCUGCUAAGAAGUCUGCAGCUCAAACAGCAGAACAUGCAAUAAACCUUGCUGAGGUUAAAAUCAAUGAGCUUGUCACGAAGAUGAGUUCUACCUGAUGCUACACUUCAUCCGCAGCACUCUUUAGUGGUACCAUAAUGACAAUAUUGCAGCGUAUGAUCAGGAAUUGAAAUCAGAGACCACAACCAUACUUCUGGGGCAUAUCUGCACUCCUCUCAUGUGCCGCAGCACUUGCCUUCUCUAGAGGAAGAUCCAUAUUUUCCAUACCCCGACUUGUUCUCAUCGAAUUCAUUCAUCCCUAGCUAUGAUUGAAUUCUUUUGUUUGUUGAACAAAUACUGGUUUAUAGCACCCUUCCAUUACUUUGUUGGUAUAAUAGAGAGCUUGUACUCGGUGCACUUGUACUGUGUGUAUAAGAAAUAAAGCUAUGCAAUGUGUUUAUGAUGCAGAAUUCUA